AAAAAAAAAAAGGUUUACCAGCGACAGUCGGGCGAAUGUUUACCGAGCAAAGCGCAGAGUGGUGGUGCGGAAAGUGACAGUCACACUGGAGGUUCGGCGUACAUGGUGAAACACAGGUGAUUUCUUUGCUUCCACGGUUGCAUUUUACAGCGGCAUGUUCACUCGAAGGGGGCAUGGAGACGUCAAGAAAUCUACACAGAAAGUUCUGGACCCAAAGAAGGAUGUUCUGACCCGGCUCAAACACCUCCGGGCGCUGAUAGAUAUUAUCGACAAGAGUGAACUUAAAGCAUUCUUUGAGAGCAACUCCUCACAGAUUUAUUUUAUCUUCUAUGAAAAUUUCAUUACACUGGAAAGCAACUUAAAACAAAAAGGGAUCAAAUCUCAAAGGGAGGAGCUGGACUCUAUCCUUUUUAUUUUUGAAAAAAUUCUGCAACUUCUGCCUGAGAAAAUCUACAACAAAUGGCAGUUUCACAGUAUAGGUUCUAUUCUGAAAAAACUUCUACACACUGGAAAUUCAUUUAAAAUCCGCUGUGAAGGAAUCCGUCUGUUCCUGCUGUGGCUGCAGGCACUAAGGGACAGCUGUGCUGAGGAGCAGUACCUUAUAUUUGCCUGUCUAAUUCCAGGAUUCCCUGCUGUUCCCUCUUCUAGAGGACCCUGCACACUUGACACUAUCAUUUACAACCCUUUUUCUAACCCACCAGAUGCCAAGGUUGUGCCUGAGGAGAUUACACCACUGGUUCCAGCAGUGAUGGGAGAAAAAACUGCAGAUGACCUGACCUGUUACAUCCUUGAAACAUUGCUCAAGUAUAUGGUUAUUCAGGCCUCCAGUUUAGAAUGGAAAAACAAAGAAAAUCUCGACACAGGCUUCAGGUUUCUCUUCAGUCUUUUCAAGAAAUACUACCUUCCCCAUUUAUUCCCUUCCUUCAGCAAACUCACAAAUCUCUACAAGCCUUUAUUAGAGCUUCCCCAUCACAGACCAAAACCCUUGUAUGUACCAGUAACGCGGAACAAUGAGAGCACUUUCUGCACGAGGGACCAGUACCUGGCACCCAGAGUAGCCUUCAUCACCUGGCUGGUCACUUUCUUCCUGGAGAAGAAGUACGUCAGCAGUGCUGCUGCGGCGCAGAGCGCCAGAAACGGCACAGAGGUCAUUCCCAAACUCAUCCAGACUGUCACUGCAGGCAGUAGCAGCCAGGAGAAGGAGAAAGAUAAGACAUCUGAUGGGGAUACAAUCGGGCCAGCAGGGGACACUGAAAAGAGCCACUCCAACAGCAGCACGCUGUCUGAUCGACGGCCAAGUGAUUCCAGUUUGUGUAGCAUCGAGGAGGAGUACAAACAAGUUUAUGACAUGGUGCAUUCCAUUCUGUUGUCCACCAGGGACAAUGUCAAUUUUGUCAACGAGGUCUUCCACCAGGCUUUCCUGUUGCCAUCUUGUGAAGCUUCAGCAACCAGGAAGGUGAUUAAAGUGUACAGAAAGUGGCUCCUGCAAGAGAAGCCCACCUUCAUGUCAGAGCCUGAUAAAACUACACCGGAAGAUGAAGUGGAUGAUGGCUCAGAGCGGGUCAACUCAGAGACAAACAACAUACAUGUACAAGCAAAAAUCACAGUGUUCCUGACCAACUCGUCAAAUGUGUUCCUGUUGGAGCCAUGCCAUGAUGUACCUAAACUACUGGAAAACCAAGUUGAGGUGUGCAAGAAUGUUCUCAGCAUCUACCGACACAUGAUCAUGGAGCACAGCAUGAGUAUGCAGACAUGGGAACAGAUGCUACAAGUACUACUGAGGAUCACAGAGGCUGUGAUGAAGAGGCCACAUGAAAACCAAAGAAAAGACAGUUUUGCUGAAAGUUUAGCAUCCUUACUUUUUAGGACUAUUAUUGUGGCAUGGGUACGAGCAAACCUCUGUGUAUUCAUCUCUCGGGAGCUUUGGGACGAGCUGCUGGCAGUACUUUCCUCUCUUACCUGCUGGGAAGAGCUGGUGACAGAGUGGGCCAGCAUCAUGGACUCACUGACGGCUGUGCUGGCACGCUCUGUGUAUUGCUUAGACAUGGCCAACUUGCCUUUGGACAAACUCAGCGAACAGAAAGAAAAGAAGCAGAGAGGACGUGCCAAGCGAAGCCAGUCCAUCAGCAACUGUGUCCAUCUUUACGAGGCUUUGCCCACUACUAAAAGUGUUCCUAUGCUGCUCCACACUGUGAGCUCUUUCUUGCCUGGUAUCUCUUCUGGUAAUUCUGCUUGUUCUCAUAGACUCUCAGAUCUGGAGGAGGGCCAGCUUUCAGAAUGUGGGGGGGAAGAGGAGCUGGGAGGCAGGGAGAGCCCUCUGCCACGUAGCAGCAGCACCUCAGACAUCACCCAGCAGCUGUCUGACACUUUACCAGAUCAAAAGAGGGAGUACUCUCCUACAUCUUGUGGUUCUGAGGGCAGGACGGAGAGCAACGAACCCCCAGUGAUCCUCAUUCGACGAAGCAGCAGUCCAGCUGAGACUGAGUGCAGCACUGAAGGACACUCAAACCUCAGACACAAACUCAGAGAUAAAAGUGAAAGUGUGAGUAGUGAGACAUCCAAUGGCUACCUCAAUGAAGCUGAAGUUACCUGGCAGGCGUUUGACGAGGAGGCUGACACACAUUCAACACAGUCUGCUCACAUGGAUGUUACAGCGGAUCCCCAGAGCCAGGGCAAUCUGCUGCUCAGCCACAACGAGGCUCUGGCAGGUUCUGAGUGUGCCUUCCCUCCCCACUCUGCACCUCCCUACCUCCACCACAAUUACCACUAUCACUACCCCCAGAACCCCCCAGCUUCACCAGCCCUGCUGGUGCACACAGAGUACCCCCUGGAUGACAACAUGCAUCAGUCUGUCUUACAUAUGACACACAACUUGGACAGUAGUGAGUGCCUCGCYGAUGAUGUCAGCAUCAUCGCUGGAGGGACCUUGACAGGCUGGCAUCCUGAUUCUGCUUUUGUCCUAUGGAGGAGAAUUUUGGGAAUCUUGGGAGAUGUCAACAAUAUCCGAUGUCCUAAAAUCCACGCCAAGGUUUUCUCUUACCUCUAUGAACUCUGGCACAAACUGGCCAAGAUCCGAGACAACCUUGGGAUCAGUGUGGAUAAUCAGUCCUCUCCUCCUCAGCCAUUAUUCAUCCCUCCUCUUCGAAUGCUUGCUUCCUGGCUCUUCAGGGCGACCAUGCUGCCAGCAGAGUACAAGGAUGGCAAACUGCAGGCUUACAAGCUGAUCUGCGAGAUGAUGACCAGGCACCAAGAUGUGCUUCCCAACAGCGAUUUCUUGGUUCACCUUUACUACAUCAUGCACAAGGGCUUCAUCAGCGAUGACCAGGAUGUUUUGAACACAAUCAUUCGAUCCUGCUCUCCUCGGUUCUUUUUCCUUGGCCUCCCGGGUUUUACUAUGCUGCUUGGAGAUUUUAUCACUGCUUCUGCCCGCAUCCUCACUUCAGAAUCCCCUGAGGCUCCACGGAUAGAGGCUCAGACCAUCUUGGGCUCCCUUGUAUGUUUCCCCAACCUUUACCUCCAGAUCCCUAUUCUGCAGCAUAUACCUGGCUCUAAUGGCAUCCAUAUAGGCAAUGAAGACAUCAAGGAUUAUCUGAUCAACAUCCUACUGGAAGCAGCCACAAAAGAACCCAGUGAAGGAGCCAGAUGCAUUGCUGUGUGCAGCUUGGGUCUGUGGGUGUGUGAGGAGUUAAUGCAAAAGGAAAUCCACCACCAGGUUAAAGAUGCCAUCAAUGUUCUGGGAGUAACACUAAAGUUUGGGAACAAGGCCGUGGCUCAAGUUGCCUGUGACAUGUUUCACCUGCUGAUCUGUCACUGGGAACAUCUGCAGAGGCUGGAGCCCACUCUCCCAAAGAAAAUCAUUGAGAUCUUUGUGGCCACAAUAGCCUUUUUGUUGCCAAGCGCAGAGCACUCAACGGUGGAGGCAGACAAAAAGUUAUUGGUGUCACUGCUGCUCUGUCUGUUGGACUGGUGUAUGGCUGUUCCUCUGAGUCUGCUGCUAGAACCCACCACUAUGUCGUCACUGGAGCACCACUCAUCUCACAAGGUCCCACUGCUGGAUUACAUCUACAGGGUGCUGCACUGCUGUGUGUCUGGCUCCAAUCUGCACACCCAACAGAGCCACUAUCUUCUCAGUUUGUCAGACUUGUCCAGUGACUAUGACCUCAUGUUAGGGCAGGUUAAGAGUUUUGAUCCACCGCCAUCACAAACGAACACAGCAGACUUUGGCAACCUUCUCACAGUAGCAGAGGAAAAGCGUCGUCGGAACWUGGAGCUGAUACCUCUGACAGCACGGAUGGUCAUGACUCACCUGGUGAACCAUCUUGGCCAUCAUCCUCUGAGCGGCGGCCCCGCUCUCCUACACAGUCUUGUGAGUGAAAAUCACGACAACCCUUACGUGGAGUCGUCUGAGCUGUCCUCUGAGGUCUUCAAAAGCCCCAACCUGCAGCUGUUUGUCUUCAAUGACAGCACUUUGGUGUCCUACCUUCAAAUCCCUGCAGAGACACCCACUGUUGGUCAGCUCCCUCACCCUUCCUCACAAGUUCGGGUCAUUGUCAGAGAUAUCUCUGGGAAAUACUCUUGGGAUGGCACCAUCUUAUAUCGCACCACGCAGGAUGAUUCUGAUGAUGUGGGGGUCUUUCCUUCAGUUGACGACCCUCUUUUACCAACUUCUAGCACACAUGGCAGAAAAUCUCCCUCCUCCCCAAUAAAAGAACAAUUCAAAAGUAAUUUUUCAACCUCCCUCUCGAGCUGCUGUGAAGAUGAUGAGAUUGAUGUUUUGGAUAAGCUUUUGGAGGACCUCAGUCACAGCAGCCCAGAAUGCCUCUCUCAACCCCAGCUCAGGCUGAAUCAGCCAGCUCCAUCUCCUCAUGGCAUGAACUUGGAACAGGAAAACGCCAUACUGGAGGCCAUUCUCCGUCAGACUCAACAGGAGGAGGAGCAAGUUAGGAAGUGGGAUGCUGAUGUAAGCUUUCGGGCUGCCUGCCAGAGGAAACCCUCCCGCCAGGAACCAAAAGCUCCUUUCUACUUUUGCCGACUGCUGCUUAAUGAUCUUGGCAUGAACUCAUGGGAACGCAGAAAAAGCUUCCAUUUGCUGAAGAAAAACUCUAAACUUUUAAGGGAGCUGAAGAACCUGGACUCCAGGCAGUGUCGAGAAACACACAAGAUUGCUGUAUUCUACAUUGGCGAAGGCCAAGAAGACAAAUGCUCCAUCCUGUCUAACACUGCAGGCAGCCAGGCCUUUGAAGACUUUGUGUCUGGACUGGGAUGGGAGGUGAACCUGGCCACACACUGUGGCUUUAUGGGGGGUCUCCAAAGGAAUGGCAGCACAGGUCUAACAGCUCCUUACUAUGCUACCUCCACUGUGGAAGUUAUUUUCCACGUAUCCACACGGAUGCCGUCUGAUUCGGAUGAUAGCGUUACCAAAAAGCUGCGUCACCUGGGCAAUGAUGAGGUGCACAUUGUAUGGUCUGAACACACCAGGGACUACCGACGUGGCAUCAUUCCAACUGACUUUGGAGACGUGCUCAUUAUCAUCUACCCAAUGAAGAACCACAUGUAUUUCAUCCAGAUCAUGAAGAAACCUCAGGUUCCUUUCUUUGGGCCUCUAUUUAAUGGCGCCAUUGUCACUGGAACACUGUUGCCAAGCUUGGUUCGAGCAACUUGUAUCAAUGCCAGCAGAGCUGUCAAGUCCCGGCUGACUCUCUACCAGAGCUUCUACGAGGAGCGAGCGCUCUACUUGGAGGCCAUUGUUCAGAACCACAAAGAAGUUAUGACCUUUGAAGACUUCGCGUCGCAGGUCUUUUCCCCCUCCCCUGCCUAUCCAGUGAGCGGAACAGCGUGCAGGCGUUGGCCGGGGAUGGUUUGGGACAUGGAGUACCCCUGGGCCAAGCUGGACU